GGAUAUGUCGCCUUUGGGGACAGUUUUGCUGCCGGCAUGGGCACUGGAACAACGACCUCGGAUUCUUGCCGCAUAGGAUCGGCGAAUAUAGGCGACUUGAUCAAUGCCUAUACCGAUGACCCGAAUAUCGACUACCAGCGACGAAUGUGCUCUGGAGACACAACUGUCGGUCUUGACCGCCAGAUCAAGGAAUGGAAAAAUCCAGAGAAAGCCGACGUCGCCACUUUGACGAUAGGAGGUAACGAUCUAGGCUUCAGCGAUAUUGUCUCUCUGUGCGUGCUUUCGUUCACCUGGGAUUACAUUACGAGCUUGACGACCCGUUGCAACAAUGCGAAGAAAAAAGCAAGACAAUUGAUGAGGGACACCAGCGACAAUGGGAUUGGGACCAGACUCGUGGCGGCAUACACGAAGAUUCUGGAAAAGUCGACAAGAAAGGAUUUCCAUCUGUAUGUCUCCGGCUAUCCAAGCGGCUUUUUCAACGCGGAAACGGAAGACUGCGAGAAUGUGACAUUUGAUUGGCAAAGUCCCUCGUACUGCAGUAGCUGGACUUGCACCCGGCCUCACGCCUGGUACCUAUAUCUGUCCAUCAGAAAAGAUCUCAACGAUCUCGUCGUCGAGCUGAACGACGUCAUAUCCGCGGCCAUACAAAAGGUCAAUACCGACAAAGGAGUUGAUCAAGUCCACUUCGUCGAUGUCGGUCCUCUUUUCGAUAACCAUCGCUGGUGCGAAGCCAGCGAUGACCCCAAUUUCCACGAGCCAGACGAAGACCGAGCGAAUACUUGGUACUUCCUCAGUGGAUGGAAGGACAUCCCGUCUCCAGACUGGCCAAUGACAGCUUCCCUUCCGGACAACGAUCAAAUGGAGAUCACCGCCCUGAUCGAGCAAGGCAGUAUACAGCUUCCACCCGCCGACACCUGCGAAGCCAGUCUUGGAACCGAUCCCGACCCCUACGCUCGCUGGCUGUGUAGAGCCUCCGAGGGCGUCGCUGCCGAGCCUCAAGGAGACCUGGCAUCGAAGCUCCGAGAAGCCAACAACGAGAUUGCAGCCAAGAAUUUCACGGGCCAAAGCAUCGGCUGGUUCAGUCCCACAAGACAGAUCAAGACCUUCCACCCUCGCACGCCCGGCAUGAUCGCCUGCCGGGACAGCAUUAUUGCUGCCAUUAACCUCACCCAGUCUGUCGUCACCGCCGACUUGCCUGUAUUCACAUACGAUCCCGAGGAACCCAAAUUUACGUACGCACCCGACCAGCCCAGUUCACCGGCCCCAACCACCACGAACACCGACGGUCUACUCUCGCCGCUCAUGGGACCACCGGGUGGGAAGGUUCUCCCUCCUUCGUAG